AUGCAUCUUGAAAUUGCUACUCAAGAAAUAAACAAUUUAAUUGAGUACUUUAAGGAUUAUAGAGAAACAGGUUUUCCUAAAGCGAUUGAAGAAGCUACGGAGAUUGCUAGUGAAAUGGAAAUUGAUCCCAUAUUUAAAGAAAAACGUAAGAUUAAAAGGAAAAAAAGAAAAGAUGAGACUUCUAGUAGCGAUGAAGUUGCAUUUACAGUAGAAGAGAAUUUCAGAGUAAAUUUUUUCUUAUAUAUUGUGGAUCAAGCUAUUGCUUCUUUAGAGAAACGAUUUGAACAAUUUAAAUGGUACGAGGGUUUAUUUGGUUUUUUGUUUCCACGUACGUUGAGGAUUAUGAAAGAUGAAGAUCUUAAGUCGUCUUGUCAUCGUCUUGAAAAUGCACUCAAGUUUAAAGAAAAAUCGGAUAUUGAUGGCGAGGCACUUUAUACAGAGCUUAAUUUAUUUCGUGACUCACUAACCAAUAAAUUUAGCAGUCCUGUAGAUGUUUUGGAGUAUAUGAAAGAAGACGGUUAUUCGCCAGAAGCAUGCAUUGCAUAUAGAAUGUUGUUGACUAUUCCAGUCAUUGUGGCAUCUGCAGAAAGAAGUUUUUCGAAGUUGAAGUUAUUGAAAUCUUACCUACGAUCUUCAAUGUCCCAAGAAAGACUUAGUGGGUUGGCGAUGAUUGCUAUCGAGAACGAAGUCUUAGAUGAUAUAAAUUGUGAAGAGUUGAUUCACCAAUUUGCUAUAAAAAAUGCAAGGAGAGCUUCACGAAUCAUUGGUUAG